AUGCGCUCUCUCCGUCAAGACGUCGACGAUCUUUUGCGAGGCGAGGCCGAUGGUAUCGGGCAAGGCGAGGAUGCCGAAGUCGCACAACAGGGAUUCGGCGCUCCUAGCCAAGGCGCAUACGAGGAGCCAUGGUUAGACGAGCGCGACAACCGGUCAGACGAUAGCACUGAACAGAGCAAGCACGACGCGCCGCUGUAUGCCUGUUUCACAUGGGACCAGUGGGCUCCGGAGCGAACGAGACUGAUGGAGGAGAUUAUCCCGAGCGUGUUGUUGAGAUACGUGCACGGCGGGCGUGCGGUGUACCCUCAGCGAAUCACCAGACCCGAAGGCGAGGAACGUAAAUGUCUGAACGUGCUCGACUUCAACGAACGAAUUAAGCCCGAGCGCCGGGGUCUGCCUCAUCACCAGGACGUCUGGUUCGGGAGGGCGCGCAGUGCGCAAGCGAGCGUCAACUCGUACACCGACGCAGGCGCAUACGAGGAGCUCAAGCGGUGGUACGCGUACGGCCGGGUGGACAUUCCACAACUAGCUCCGGGCGAGAUGGCGACGUACGUGUGCACACGGGCGAACGUGGUUGACGAGCCCGCGUUGUUCGCGAAGACGCUGAAGACCUCGCUGCCAUAUCGGCGGUCGGUACGCGCGGUGGAGGAGGAGUUUCAUGCGCUGGAGCUGGAUCAGCAUCGGAUUAUCGGGUUCAGGAGGGACGUUGGCGAUUUGACUGUGUUCGCGUUUUAG